UAUUAGAAAAAAUGGAAAGAGCCAACCUCACCACGCCACGACCGGGGCAAGUGCCACGUGUCUAGACAAUAAUGACAUGAAAAGUUUUUGGUUCUUUGGUAGUAGUCGAGUCUGGAAUGGCAAGUUGCAAAAGCCCUCUGAUUUGACUUGUUCUUCUUCUUCUUCUUCAUUUUCUGGGAGAUAUUCAGAAACCUCCAAAUCACCAUAGCAAUGGAAUCCAAGGAUCAGAAUGUGGAGCUGAUUGACGAGGCGAUCAGGAGGCUUUUGGAGGAGAGGAAAAGCAGAGGAGCCGCCGGGGAGAGCUUUUUCCAAGGCGAGGAUGAUAAAGACGACCACCUCCUCCUCUCCCGGUUGCUCUCUCAGUUGGAAUCACUGAAAGAGGGGAUUCAUAAAGCCGAAGCUUUAACCGGACCGGGAGAGAUAACAGCAGCAACCUCUGAAGGUGGUGGAUUGGAGGCAAAAGAUAGGAAUGGCGGUGGUGGUGGUGGUGGUGAAGAAUUUGACAAAGAGGAGAUAGUGAAAGAGUUGAACAAUUUGAAGAGACAAAACACCAUCACGCAUUGGCUUCUAUCUGUGAUGAUAGUGCUGACUAUAGCUUGGCAAGCCUCGGAGGUGACCAUGCUCUUGAAAGUGAAGCAUGGAUUGAGUAACCCUUUCAGGUGCGUCGGGGGCCUGUUUUCGAGCUUGUUUUCAGGGGGUUCGGAUCAAACUAGACAGAAUGAGAAGCAAAAAAGCGAUGCAUUUUCUUCUCUCAAAAUGCCUGAGCUCCCCUCUGUCACAGAUGUUAGUAUAAAUGGUGAAAAACAUCUUCAUGCAACAAAAUUUUAGUUUGUUAAUUAAGACUCGAGGAGAGUUUGAUUGUUCUGUAUUUGCCUGCUUUGAUUUGCUAUAUGAAUAGGAGUGGAGCUAGCUAGCAUUCCAUUUAUGCUCAGUUGAUGUUUGUAUAAAAAUUGUUUCCUACUUUCCUGUAAUUGGAUUCAAGAAGAAAUUGCUUUGUAGGAAAUUCAUUUC